AUGAAGGCUUAUGUAACAUUUGAGUACAAGGGAAAGAGGUACAAAAGUGAUCUAUUUAAGUUAAUGAGAACACGAAACAUAUUUAUUAUAGAUAAUGAUGAAAUGAAAUGGUUACAUGUACCUGGAAUGAAACCACCUAAAACACCACCUAGAACGCCACCUAGAACAUCAACAAAAACACCACCGAAACCGCCCAGAUCGCCCAGAUGGUCGUCCAAAAAAGAUAAGAGUGAUGCAAAGGAAAAGAGUGCAAAUUACAUACUGGGACGCAUAAUUGGGUUUGUAUUAGUUGCUUUACUGAUCUUCUUGAUAUACAGAUGUGUAAGAGGAUCAAAAAACAAUAAUUCUGAGCAACCAAAUACACCGUAA